AUGAACUCCAGAAAUAUCAACGAGUGCUCGGAUUCUCCAUGCAAUUACGAUGCCACAUGCUACAACACACCUGGUUCAUUCGACUGUUGUUGUGCAGCUGGAUGGACGGGGCCCCAAUGUGAUAUAGAUAUCGACGAAUGUACGGCAAAUCCUUAUCUGUGUCAGAACGGAGGAAGUUGCCUGAACAAACAGGGGUCAUUCGAGUGUACGUGUGCAGAAGGAUGGACAGGGUCACUUUGUACUGAAGAUAUCAACGAGUGCUCGGAUUCUCCAUGCAAUUACGAUGCCACAUGCUACAACACACCUGGUUCAUUCGACUGUUGUUGUGCAGCUGGAUGGACGGGGCCACAAUGUGAUAUAGAUAUCGACGAAUGUACAGCAAAUCCUUAUCUGUGUCAGAACGGAGGAAGUUGCCUGAACAAACAGGGGUCAUUCGAGUGUACGUGUGCAGAAGGAUGGACAGGGUCACUUUGUACUGAAGAUAUCAACGAGUGCUCGAAUUCUCCAUGCAAAAACGAUGCCACAUGCUACAACACACCUGGUUCAUUCGACUGUUGUUGUGCAGCUGGAUGGACGGGGCCACAAUGUGAUAUAGAUAUUGACGAAUGUACGGCAAAUCCUUAUCUGUGUCAGAACGGAGGAAAAUGCCUGAACAAACUGGGGUCAUUCGAGUGUACGUGUGCAGAAGGAUGGACAGGGUCACUUUGUACUGAAGAUAUUGAUGAAUGUUCGAAUGAUCCGUGCGAUGAACCUUCAAAUUGUGUUAACACUCCAGGAAGUUUUGAAUGUAUAUGCUAUGGACAACUGAUGGAACCUUUCUGUGGAGCAGUGAAAAAGACAGUUAUCGUGUGUGAAGGUGGAAAAUUGGAAUUGCGUUGUCCAGAUGGCAAAAUAAGCAUCCAUGAAGCAGUCUUCGGAAGAACAGAAGGUGGAAACGUUUGCCCUCAUCCUCAAAUCAAGUCAACUGAUUGUCAAUCUGCUUCAUCACUUACAGUAGUAAGAAAUAAAUGUGAAGGACAAAAAAGCUGUAGUAUCACUGUUUCAAACGGUGUUCUCGGUGGAGACCCUUGCCCAGGCACAUAUAAGUACCUGGAAGUGACGUUUACCUGUGUUGUACAAUGAAUGUACACGUGACACACGGAAUCGUGCAUUUGUUCAAUAUAAUUACUAGUAAUACAAUAUACAUGUAAGGUAUAAAACUUUACAUUGUCAUUAUAUUUGAAUAAAUGCAUAAGUGUUUA